CGCGCCUCGCACAAGCCGUCGCGGCCCCGCCCAGCCUCUUGCCUCUGCCGGGUGCCGGGCUUGCUGUGUAUUUUCCCGCCAUUUCCAGCUCUUGGUGAGGAGAACUGGAUGAUUUCGAAUGGAUUGGUUUCACUGUAACCAGUGUUUCCGAAAAGAUGGGGACCAUUUCUUUGUCACCAGCUGUGGGCAUAUUUUCUGUAAAAAGUGUGUGACUCUGGAAAAAUGUACUGUUUGUGGAACUGCUUGCAAGCAUCUGGCUCUUUCUGGUAAUCUGAAACCUCAGGAGAAGAUAUACUUCAAAAGCCCUGUGGAGACAGCCCUGCAGUAUUUUAGUCACAUCUCUCAGGUGUGGCGUUUCCAGAAGAAACAAACAGAUCUCCUCAUCGCCUUUUAUAAGCAUAGAAUUACAAAGUUAGAAGCAGCCAUGCAGGAGGCACAGCAGACAGUGACCAGCCAGGAAAAAGAACUGUCAGUCUUAAAGAAGGAGAAUGGAGAACUGAAGAAAUGUCUUGCCAUUCUAAAGGAAUCUCCAAAAUGGUACCAAGGAAGCAGAUCAGCCACACCUCGGCCAGUGGGCAUUACUUCUCCAUCACAGUCAGUCACUCCACGACCCAGUUCUCAGCAUAGCAGCCAGGUGGUCAGUCGAUCCUCCUCAGCGGAGUCUAUCCCUUACAGAGUAUCUGGCUUCAGUAGCUUGGGAGCAGGAGCCAGAGGCCUGCAGGGAAGAAGCACUCCCAGGGACUCUUAUAUUGAAACCCCUUCACCAGCUUCUACUCAUAGCCUAUCUUAUAGGCCUUCACCUGCCUCUUCUGGACAGGGGAUUUUUUCUUUCAGACCAUCCAUAAAUGGUAGUGAUUCAGGCCACACAAGAGUCCUCACCCCCAACAAUUCAGGUCAGAGGGAAAGCAGAACCCCACUAGAGAGUCUUCCUGGUUUCCAGUUACCAGUCCAACAGACUCUCUAUGAACAGAGACAGAUGGGGUUAGCCAGGUCAAGAGAAGCAUGGACUACUUCCAGAUAGAUCAUCUUCAAGGUCUGAUCUCUUCAUAUUGCUUAAGGAAGGCCUAUAACAUCUAAUACGCAUUAAGUGUAAUGGCCUUGGAAAAUGUUUCCUCGUUUCAUUGUGUAUCCUUACCUCUCCUGAUCUUUACCAUAUACACCCUGUAUUACCUCCUGGAAAAAUGGUCAGGCAUUAUAUAAGGCUAGUACUUCAGGAGGGUUUAGAUCUCUCCCACACUCAUGUAACUCUUUCAUUUCCUACAACUUAAAAGUUGUAAAAACAAUUCUUGGCAUCAGUAAGGAUGGAAGGUAAUAUACUCAUUAAGUCUGGUUCAUUUCUAGAUUUCAUUCUUUUAGCUUUGAAUAUAUUCUUCCAUUGCCAGUGUUAAUAAGCAACAGCUCUGUUCCUUGUCCUAAUUUAUUAUACCUCUUCUGUUUGCAUGUAGUUUUGUCUAUGCCUAGUUAACUAUGUUGAUUUUCCUGUCUGUUGGAUUACAGUUGGAGACCCAGACUUUCAGCUUACUAAAGUAUAUAGAUAAAAUAAAGAUGUCUUAUUGUUAUUGCAGCUCUAUUGGUAUUAUAUCACAAGCUCUAGAAUGGUGGAAUGGGCAAAGAACACCACCGAGAUGAAACAUGUAUUCUUUAGAUACGAAAUAGAAACAGAUUAAAUAGGUCGGCCACCUGCAGGAGGACCAUAAGCAAAAAUAUCGAAAAAGAAUAAAGAUAGCAAACAUCUCUCAGCAAUAAAUUAGGUCCUGGGGAUGACCUUGAAGCUGAACCAGGAUUGCCUAUUCUUUCUGGAGCUCUGAAUUUUUUUAAGGGCACUUCUAGACACCUCUUCUGGGCAAGAGCCUGUGCUAUAUAGCAGGUACAGGCAACACAUCCGCCCAGUGAUAGAUACUAAUGUGCUGCCUUUUAAAGUUUUUGUUUUUAAAUUUUUUUAAAGGUGUAUUUAUUUUAGAGAGCAAGCACAUGUGUGCAUGUGAACAGGGAAGGGAGAGAGGGAGAGAAUCUUCAUGGAGAGGCCCUACUUAGUAUGGAGCCUGAUCUCACAACCCAUGAGAUCAUAACCUGAGCGGGAAACAAGAAUUGGACACCUAACCGACUGAGUCAUCCAGGCACUCCAAGUUUUUUUUUUUUUUUUAAUCUACCUCAGUAUAUCCUGCUG